AUGUACAGCUUUAUGGGAGGUGGAUUGUUUUGUGCAGGAGUGGGAAACAUACUCUUGGUGAUCUCCACUGCCACCGAUUACUGGAUGCAGUACCGCCAGUCCAGCAGCUACAUGCACCAGGGCCUGUGGCGCUACUGCGUACCUGGAAAAUGCAUGACUCACACAGACAGCAUUGCAUACUGGGACGCUACCCGGGCCUUCAUGAUCCUGGCCACCUUAGCAUGCUUCUUUGGCAUGAUCAUCGGUGUCAUGGCUUUCAUCAACUACUCCUCUUUUACCGGCUUUGACAAGACCUUUGCUGCGGGAAUUCUCUAUUUCAUUUCAUGCUUCUUUGUGCUGCUGGCCAUGGCUGUCUACACUGGUAUGACAGUCAACUACUACGGGAAACGUUAUGGGAACUGGCGGUUCUCUUGGUCGUACAUAAUGGGCUGGGUUUCUGUGGUGCUCACUUUCUUUUCAGGGAUCUUCUAUAUGUGUGCUUACCGGAUGCAUGGACCAAGAGGACCCAUGUCACGCUGA